AUGGCGCAAACGCCAUCGGCCACGCAUGGCCGUGCGCCCCAGCAUCAGACGGUUCCCGCGGAGCACUCGGUGCUCAUCCAAUCGAGAGAAACAGGCGACGUUAUUCCUGAAGAGAUCAUCAGAGGCCAGGUCAAGGCACUUCCAUUCGCCAAGUCCUGGGUGCACAUGAUGGCUGGAGGCGUUGGAGGUAUGACGGCGGCAACUCUCACAGCGCCCCUCGACGUCCUGAAAACACGACUCCAGUCCGACUUCUACCAGGCGCAGAUCCGCGCAUCCCGCUCCGCCCACGUCGCCUCGCUCAACCCAGCCCGCGCGGCCCUCUACCACCUCAAAGACACACUCCAGAUCCUGGGCUCCGUCUACCGCACCGAGGGCGGCCGCGCGCUCUUCAAGGGCCUGGGCCCCAACCUCAUCGGCGUGGUGCCCGCCCGCGCCAUCAACUUCUACGUCUACGGCAACGGCAAGCAGUUCCUCGCGCAGCACUGGAACAACGGGCAGGAAGGCGCGUGGUGCCACCUCAUGGCGGGCGGCGCGGCGGGCGUGGUGACGUCGACGGUGACGAACCCGAUCUGGAUGGUCAAGACCCGCCUGCAGCUCGACAAGAACGUGGCGGCCCGCAGCGGCGGCGCGACCCAGCGGCGGUACAGGAACAGCGCCGACUGCGUGCGGCAGAUCGUCCGCGAGGAGGGCGUUCGCGGGCUGUACAAGGGCAUGAGCGCCAGCUACCUGGGCGUGGUGGAGUCGACGCUGCACUGGAUGCUGUACGAGCAGAUGAAGGCCGGGCUGGCGCGCCGGGAGGAGCGGAUCGUGCGGAGCGGGAGGGAGAAGAACUGGUGGGAUCAGACGGUCGACUGGACGGGCAAGUUUGGCGCUGCGGGCAGUGCGAAGCUGAUUGCCGCUGUGUUGGCGUAUCCCCAUGAGGUCGCCCGAACACGUCUUCGUCAAGUGCCCCUUGAUGGCAGCAAGCCCAAGUACACCGGCCUGAUGCAGUGCUUCCGCCUCGUCUGGGUCGAGGAAGGCCUCAUGGGACUCUACGGCGGUCUGACGCCCCAUCUGAUGCGCACCGUCCCGAGCGCCGCCAUCAUGUUCGGCAUGUACGAGGGCAUCCUGCGCCUGUUCAACGCUCCGGCGUAG